AUGGGGUGGAAUUACGUUAGAGUUAUUAUAUUGCUAGUUCUAGUUGCCAGUGUUUCUAAGAUUUCCUGUCAUGAUCGUCAAACUCAAAGCUUUGUAAAAAUCGAUGUGUCUAAGAACAAUCCAAAGUCAUCAAGCGAAACAACGGCCACAGUUCCUGGAAAUGAGAGUACAAGUACUUCGACGGAGGGGGCGGUGGCAGUCAGCACUACAAUUUUGUCGACUACUAGCCUAGAACAAACAACACAUGUUCCAACGACCACGAUUGCGCCCGUAAGUAGCAAACCUUCAACGGAAAAGCCACUCGAUCCAACGAAGGAAGGUCGUGCAGUAAAGAAUGUUCCAACUGGAUACUAUUGCAAAUGUGACCUGAAGAUCAAUAUUUGUGAUGUUAACUGCUGCUGCGAUAUUGAUUGUAGCGCCGAAAUUCUGAAAUCGUUUGACUGCAACGAAGAACCGUUGGAUAUGUUGGAGUACCAACACCAGGUGGGGCUGCAAUCGUGUGAUGUACAAGGCGGUUUGUUCUGUCUAGUCGGUGAUCCUCCCCAUGAGCAGGACCCCGCGUUCUAUGAUUCCACUUUGAAGAACAUCAUGAAGAAACACCGAUGGAAAGAUGUUUUACCACUGACCGAUUCAAAGGAUGACUUCCAAGCAAGAACCUAUCGUGUAAACGAUCCUCUUCAGCUGUACAACGAAACAAGCGAAAGUAUUGCCGUAUUCACCUUACCUUAUUCGCUCACCAACUCAGACUGUCAAAUCAAACAGCCGAUUCGCUUUCUUCGUGAUCAAUCGACGGAAUGUUUGCAAUCUCCCGAAAGUCUGCAAUUAUUCACAAUGGACUUUUUAGAACAACAAAUUAGUGUGAAAUAUCUGAGAGUACCAAAGGUGCCAAUUAUGGAACAUUGCAUGGAGCAGGAUUGUUUGAAAAGCCAUAUCAGAUUCUGUAACUUGUCUGGGAAAAAUUGUUCAAAGUCUAACAAAACGGAUAUCAACGGAGAAGAUGGUGAAUGGUACUGCCCACGACUUCAGAUAACAAUACUUCAUAACUACACCAGUUUGGAUGGAGUAGGGUUGAGUUUCUUUUGCGGACCAUUGGAAUUUUCUGACCAAGGCACGAGCUCUGUGUGGCACAAAAUUGCGGUGAAGUUUGAACGGAAAGAUGAACCCAAAUUUUCCCGACAGCUCAGUGGCAAUCUAGGAUACCUGAUAGGGAAACCUGUCAUCGCAUCAGCUGUUCGAAUUCCCGAAAAUGACACCGUAGAGGAAAGACGAUCGAAGACGUACAUGCUUAAUUACUUCACUAACGAAACCCGAAAACCGGACGGUACGUUCCGUUUGAAGUUACCCAAAAGUAAACAGAAUCGAUGCGUUCUAGAUGACGACACACAUUACGAUAUUUUAUUUGGAGAAAAUUCAUGGAAUAGAUGCCACCUUACACCGCAGUGGAAUGUCUCAGCAGAGUCUAAUAUCACGAACGUUUGUUACCAACUGCAGGAAAAUAUUUUCCAUUUUUUACUGAACAAUAUCUCGUCUCAAACGCAAGCCGAAAACUACGAGACUUUUAAUCUAUAUCUAUCCAAGUACGGUAACCCAAUUAAUGAAUCAUCGGAGUGGAUUCAAGUGCGCCCUGUAAAUGUGAUCAAUGACAAGUUGACAGCAAGUUGGUCGACCUCAGCAAACAGCAAACAGGAAAUGGCUGCCUACUUCAGCUGCAACGGUAUGGUGAUUAAUGUAAAUUAUCAUUUCUACCACGCGAGGGUAACCGUGAGGAACGUUCCCCGUCAGCGGGUCCUGCGAGAAGCAGAAAUUAUUUUUGGACCACGUGUUGAUCUGCAGUUUGCACUGGAUGAAGUAAUUCGGGUUCCAAUCUAUUCUCAAGUGCAAUUUUUCGAUUUGACUUCGAAUAAUAGUGACGGCGUCUGUGUUCGUAUCGGUCAGAUGAUCUUAAAACUCGCACUGCUGUUGGGUUUAUUGCUAGUCAUUAACUGUAAGGUAUACUUUGUAUAUUAGAGAUAGAGGGUAUGAAU